GAUCCGAGUCGGAGGGGUGCUCUUUCCGCAGCGAGUGUGAGACAUGGAUCCAAGACACCAACUCUCCAGAUCACUUGACAAACUUGCUGUAGAUCCCACAGAUCUACCAACCGAAAUGGACAUUGACACUCCGCAAGCACCUGCGAGUUCCGGGGUGACAAUUGAGGGGCUGAAGCAGAAGCUCACGAGUCAGUUGGGCGCUAUUCAUGUCGAAAUUGAGGAUAUGAGCGGUGGGUGCGGGCAAAUGUACGAAGCGAUCAUCGUGUCACCUGCUUUUGCGAAGAAGACCACUCUAGCAAGACACAGACUGGUCAAUGGCAUCUUGAAGGAGGAGAUAGCAGCUAUUCAUGCUUGGACAGCCAAGUGCCACACGCCUGAAGAAUGGGAAAAGAAGCGUCCUCAAUGAUGAAGCGAUUAUGAAGUCACGAUCCAAGAAGCAAUGGUAGAGAGCACGUUAGAUGAUCAAGAUGUAUGAUAUCAACAUGAGGAACAGGAUUGUGUGUAUUGGCUGGUUUUUUUGCUUCAUAUUGAGGGAUGUAGAUAUUCCUCAACACCUUUUAACUCAACAAUACCCUGAUUUCCCCGCUUGUGCGGGGGAACAUAUCUCUAAGGCCUGGCGCGGGCUCUUCCUCAUCAGAGUCUUCGUCUGCCCGUACAAGAUCAUCAGCUGCAAGCAGCUUACUCUCAACGAAUUCAAAGUCUUCACAAAAUCGUCCUGCUGCUUCCUCGGUGACAUCCUGCACAAACCUCCUGUUUCGCAGUCGCUUGAUAUUCUCUGCAGCAUCGAUAAGAGCCGAAGGAAGGAAUUCGUCCAAUU